CGAAGAAGAACAACAGAGCAGCUGUGGGAAACAUCUAAGGACCAGAACUAAGGUCAGACCCAGGACCAGAGGCUACCUACCGACCAGCACCAGAACCAGGCCCGCAGACCAGGAGCAGACCAUCCACCAUGUCAGAGUCCAUCAAAAGAAAGAGCUCCAGCAGAGAGCUCCUGCAGAAUCUCAUCAGUUUGACUGCCCAGCGGAGCCAGGAGGAUGCUGAGGAGGUGGAGCGGGAAAGAAGGAGGAGAGCCAGAGAGACGCAGAGAGGGGAGGGGAGCACCUCUUGGCCCGAGCCCCCGCAACAAUCAGAGCGCACACAAAACACCGAGCUGGACGGGGAGCUGAAGCCCAGAUGCUGCCUGGUUCUGGAGGAGGACGAGGGCUUCAGCGACUGGAGUCACAGGUUGGAGAAUCGUCCUGAGCAGGAGGUGCAGGAUGACUGCAGAGCCCGGGUGCAGAGACCUUCAACACAACAGAGGAAACCAGAGACUGGAGAGGAGAAACAACAUGAGACUGGAGAGGAGAAACAACAUGAGACUGGAGAGGAGAAACAACAUGAGACUGGAGAGGAGAAACAACAUGAGACUGGAGAGGAGAAACAACAUGAGACUGGAGAGGAGAAACAGCAUCAGACUGAAGAGGAGAAACAGCAUCAGACUGGAGAGGAGAAACAGCAUCAGACUGGAGAGGAGAAACAGCAUCAGACUGGAGAGGAGAAACAGCAUCAGACUGGAGAGGAGAAACAGCAUCAGACUGGAGAGGAGAAACAACAUAAGAGUGAAAAGAAGAAACAGCAGGGCAGUGAAGAGAAGGAGGGAUGUGAGCCAGGACACAGCAGUAGGUCACAGGAAAGACCUCCAGAGAAGAUGUCCAGCAACAGAAAGGAAGUCAGGACGUCGUACAGCUCCACGGUGUUCCUGCCACAGGACAACAGAUCGCAGCACGCCACGGGCCAACCAGCAGACAGGACGUCCUACCUGGCGGCCGGGACGAUGAAGCCACGCGGAGGGGCCUGCAGGGUGGAUGGAGAGCUGGAGCAGGAGGAGCAAAAGGAAGAGGCACAGGCUGCUCUGCAGAUGGAGCGGAGAUCAGCUGAAACCAGACAAAACCCCAGAGAUGAGGAUGACCAGGAAGAAGAAGAGCUGAGAUUCACACAUGAAGAGAAGGAAGACCUCCACCACAGCUGGGAGGAGGGACCCAGGGAGGAGGAGGAAGAGGAGGAAGACCUCCACCACAGCCGGGAGCAUAGACGCAGGGAGGCGGAGGAAGAGUACAAGCUUCGAGACAAGAGGUCAAUGGAGAGCGGGAGGAUUGAGGAGCUGAACAGAGGAUCUGCAGCCUCUCUUUGCAGCAGCAGCGAAGGCGAGGAGCCGUUAAACUACGGUCCGAUGAGCCCCACGUUCAAGAAACUCCUCAUUCAGUUUUACCCUGAUGAAGCAAACAGCAGAGUCCCCCCCGACAGUAAAUGUAAGAUCCUAGAGAGAACUGAAUCACUGAGGAAAAGCACCGGCAGCAUAAAGAAGACGCUGUCACCUGUUGCUGUUUCAAAGAUUGACAAGAAACUGGAGCUGUACACUCAUGCUCUCGAGGUCGCCUCUAAGGAAAGCAGGUCCGGCAGCCAGGUGCUGACGGACCUGACGAGUCCCACUGAAGCCGUCUCGUCCAAGAAGAACCUGUUUGAGGCCGGGGAAGCCUGGAAGCAAAACGCCAUCUCAGUCACACCAUCUAAGGAUGCAGAUGGUUUAAAAGUGGGCGUGGCCAAUCUCAUUAAUCAGUGGGUGAAAGAAGGUGAAGAUGGGAGCAGGUGCAGCUCACCUUUUAGACAAGGAGAAAGUUCAACUGGGAAAAGAUCUAAGUUUGUGGUGACGGGUCACGGCAAGUAUGAGAAGGUUCCUGUGGACAGCAACAGUGAAGAUGCAAACUGCCAGUCAGCUGGACAAUUCUAUGAAGAUCUGUGAAACACUUGCUGGACUUUUUGGAUUCUGAAAACCAACAUUGAUACUGCACAAAUAGUAGCCACUAUCACUUCAUCAUUUUCUGUUAUUCAAGCUUAAAGUUGAAAAAUAAUUUUCUAAUAAUACAUUUCUUGUGACACUUCUCAUUUUACAGCAGGUAGUGAGGCAAAGAGUGAGUCUUUUUUCAGUUUGUACUUCCUAUGUAUUCAGUAGACCUUUUACUAAGCUGAAAUCAUAUCAAUUAAACACAUUUAUGUUGUUUGUCUUAUCAAUAAUGUAGCUAUUGGCUGGUGUCUGUCUUUGCUUCCUUUGUCGUUUAAUGUGUAGGCAAACUUAAGUCUCCUACUUUGUUCCUAGUAUAGUGUAUACAGCUGCUUCCCAACUGCACUGAUUGAACCUGUGCAAAUGGCUCAGAGGCAAGUCUGCAGCUGGCUAUAGAAAACUAU